UUUCGCCCUUUUUUUUUCUUUUUUUUCAAUUUCACAUUCUUCUCAGAAACUUUUUCAUUGAUAUGGCUGGCGAGGGAGCAUUCAAGAAGGCCAACAAGGGGCUUCGCCGGACGCACAAGGAGCGGUCUCAGCCGGCCGACCGCGCUCGGUUUGGCCUGCUUGAAAAGAAGAAAGACUACAAGCUGCGAGCUGCUGAUUUCCACUCCAAGGAGCGGCGGCUGCGUGCGCUGCAGCAGAAGGCCAACACGCGCAACCCCGACGAGUUCUACUUUGGCAUGAUCAAGUCGUCGACCGACCGCGGCGUGCACAAGGCCCGUCGCAACGACAACAUGCACUCGUCCGAGUACCAGCAGGGCGGCAAGCGUGGUGGCAUGAGUGCUGCGCGGAUUGAGCGCAAGGCAAAGACGGACGCGCACCACCUCAACCAAAGCGAGCUCCGCGUGCUCAAGACGCAAGACCGCAGCUACGUCAACUCAAAGAAGAUGAUGGAGCGAAGCAAGAUUGAACAACUGCGCGCUAGUCUGCACAUGAUUGACACAUCCGCUCUCCCUGUAGCAGCUUCGACUUCGAGGCAAGAGCAGCGCCAGAUUGAGAAGGUUGCGCGGGCAUCGGCAAGAGCUGCAGCGGCUGCGGCUGCUCCUGUCGGCGUUGCACUGCCCGACAAUGGCGACGGCGACGACGACAUUGACGAGGAAGCCGAGGACGCUCCAGAAACCCUUGAUGACGACCAAGACUACGAUGACAGCGACGCGGACAUGGACGAUGCACCUCCUCCGGUGCACCGACCGAAGGGCAAGACCCAGCACAUCGUUUUUGUCGAUAACGAGAACGAGGCAAACCAGUUUGACGCCGCAGAGCAUUUUGAAACACUUCCGUCGCUGCUAGGGCGCAAGUUCAACCGCCCACGCGUCAAGGAUCUCGUUGAAAAGCCCCUGAUGGUCGCACAGCCCGAUCGGCGGUCGAUGCAAAAGCUCGAACGAAAGCGCGCAGAGCAGUAUCAAGAACUUGCCGCUCGUAUCGCCCGUGAAAAGCAGCUCGGCAAGAUUUCGCAGCAAAUGGAACUUGAGAAGAACUUGAUGGGCAAGGGUGUCAAGCGCAAGAUUCGUAGUGCGGAUAGCUCCAAACCUGCAGUUUACAAAUGGAAGCAAGAACGCAAGCGAUAGAAGCCGAUGUUGUUUGGGGCUUUUGUUCUUUUCUUGUGUGUGUUUUACGGUUUUUUGAUAAACAAAUCAAACUCUUUUGGUC